UUUUCUUCUUAGUUCUGUAGACGUAUGAUCAAGCUAUGGAUAUGUUUGGGCACCUGGGGGAAAACUCUGACUCGGACACUGAAGAUGAAAGGAAUUCCGUAUCAGGGAGCACAAGCCAUGAACCAAAUGUAGCUGUAGAGAAUCCGGAAAGAGUACGCUCGCCGAUCCCAGCUUCGACGUCCCCAAUAACAAGUAUUAAUGAGAGUGAUGAUAGCAUAAAGUCGACUUCGCGAAUACCAGAUCCCGUGGCAUCUGAAAGCAAUGAACGUGACAUUAGAGGAAUAACAACGGGUGUACAACAUUUGGGGUCAUCGCCGCCAAUAGCGCAAUCAAAUAAUCAAAGUGUGGGAAUUUCCGAAAGUACACGUUUCGACGACUCCUUUAAACUGACAACUGUGGAAGACGUGAGGGCGUUAGAAAAUCUGAUAACUCGGAAACCCAGGAAAGCUGAAGAGUUGGAAAGAUUCUUCACAACUGUAUUUAAGAAGUCUGUGGAAGAUAAAUUACGGCAAGAUUCACAUCCCACUGUGACCGACGCUGUACUACGAUCUCUUGUCCGAAUCUUUACAGACAACGCUACUACUUUUUACUCCUGGGCAAGCCGUGAUGCAAAACGAAAAAUACGGCGCAUGGAAAUCUUUAAUCUUUUAUACAAUGCAUUUUCUAGAGUAUGGACUUAUCCUCCGCGACAGACGUUUGUAAAGUUAGUUCGAGACUGGUUGCGCAGAGCUGCAGAACGACAGGCUGGUAGCGCUAGUGGAAACACAGUUGCGGAAAACUGA